CCCGAGCCGCCUCACGAGCGAGACCCCGCGUGACAGACACCUCGCGGACACGCACGGAUCGUUCGUCGACUCGACGAGCGCCACCUCGCCGCCGCUCAUCGCCGCCGAGGUAGAUCCGGAGGAGGUAAUCCAAAGGUAAUCCAACCAAAGGGAGAGAAAGCAGAGGGAAAGGAGCGGCGAAGAUGAAGCUCGUCAGGUUCCUCCAGAAGCUCAGCCACGAGUCGGUCACCAUCGAGCUGAAGAACGGGACCGUCAUCGCCGGCACCAUCAUGGGCGUGGACGUCAGCAUGAACACCCACCUGAAGAACGUGAAGAUGACGCUGAAGGGCAAGAACCCGGUGAGCAUGGACCACCUCAGCGUGCGCGGCAACAACAUCCGCUACUACAUCCUGCCCGACUCGCUGAACCUGGACACCCUCCUGGUGGACGACACCCCGAAGAUCAAGGCCAAGCCAGGGGCGGGUAAGCCGGGGGCGGGCGCGGGUGCCAGGGGACGCGGGCGCGGGCGCGGGAGGGGACGCGGGCGCGCAAGGUAAGGGACCCGCGUCGGCCGCGAACGGACGGACGACCCGAGGCCCCGGCGGGGAUCCAUCUCGCGAGGUUUCUUCAAACGCGAGGGCGUCGUCGGCGGGAAAUUUAGUUUCGUUGUUAUCGUAGACUCCAUCAGACUUCAC